AUGCCGGGUGCCGUCGACACGAUGGUCGAUGCUGCACCGCCGUCCUGGGACCUAGGUUUCAGUGUAGGGCAGCAAAAGGUCGACCUGGAAAUUGAUUUUGCGAACAAGAGCCUCAAAGGCAAUACAGAAAUUACACUCUACCCACGUGGUAGCGACCUGAGGAGCAUCUUGUUGAAUUUUCGACAGGGUGAUGUCAAACGCGUGACGGUCAACGGAAAAGUCGCAUCGGCGAAAUAUGUCGAUCCUUAUGAGAACCUUCAUUUAUACGGCCCUCAAUACCACGAGCGUCUGACGCUUAAAGUCGACAGCAUUCUGAGCACGCCGCCGAAGCCACAACUUGAAAUCUUGAUCCCAAAGAGUGUUCACAUCAAAGAGUUAGACUCUCGGUCUACAGAAGCCCGAGAGCGCGUGGCUCUACAAGGUGCUGGAGGCGAUGUUGAUGGGCCCGCGGGUGCGAGGAUACCUGAAGGAAAUUUGCGUCAAUUCACGGCUGUCGUCGUUCAGAUUGAAUUCACUAUCGACCGUAUUCGUGAUGGACUCCAAUUUGUCGGCGUUGAUAUGGGCGACCGGCGGUACCCGCAUGCGUACACCACCAAUUCACUCGAGUCUGGAAUUGGGUGCCCUUUAUUUCCUUGCGUGGAUGAUCCGUCCUCGCGCUGCGUGUGGGAAAUCUCGAUAUCAUGUCCUUCCUCCUUGGGCGAUCUCUUCGACCGUAAAACGGCCGGUUCAAUAACCCAGUCUCGCCCUAAGACACAAACUCGAUACAUAUCUGCCGAUGAUGAGGGUCUUGAUAUGUCCGUGGUAUGCUCCGGCGAACUGACGGAUGAUAUUGUCGACCCCAAAGACCCGACGAGGAAAACGGUUUCAUUUGCAUGCUAUACCCCACUAUCUGCACAGCAGAUUGGAUUUGCUGUUGGCCCGUUCGAGUAUUUCAACCUGGCAGAUUUUCGUGAGAGUGAUCGGGAUGAUAUACUCGGCGAAAAUGCUAUCCCACUUCAUGCGUUCUGCCUCCCAGGGCGAGGCGAUGAAGUUCAAAACACAGGCUUUCCAAUGGCGCAAGCGAUAGACUUUUUCUCCCUAACUUAUGGCGGAUAUCCAUUCUCUAGCUACAAAAUUUGCUUCGUGGACGACGUUACGGCAGACACACUCCCAACUGCAGCCAUGUCAAUUUGCAGUAGCCACCUUCUCUUCCCAGCCGAUAUCAUUGACCCCAUGUAUGACUCAACACGCGCUCUCGUUCAUUCUCUCGCCUGCCAAUGGACUGGAAUAAACAUCAUACCCAACGAGCCUGCGGAUACCUGGGUUACCGUGGGCAUGGCGUGGUACAUUACCGAUACAUUCAUGAAAAAGCUUUGCGGCAAUAAUGAGUACCGAUAUCGACUUAAGCAGAUGUCCGACAAGGUCUGUGAGUUGGAUCACGAGAGGCCUUCCAUCUACGACAUGGGUAAUUUCUUGAAAAUUGACCCCUCGGAAUAUCGGUUUAUCGCCUUAAAAGCCCCUCUCGUGCUAUUUAUUCUCGAUCGUCGCCUUACUAAGGCAAGUGGGAAAGCCACUAUGUCCCGCAUUAUUUCCAGGAUUUUUCUACAAUCUCGAACAGGGGACUUAUCAAAUGGAGCAGUGACUUCGGCGAUGUUCCAGAGGUGUUGUGAACGAUUAGGCCAUGCCAAACUUGAUGUUUUCUUCCAGCAGUGGGUAUACGGCGCCGGAUGUCCCCGUUUUCAGGCCACCCAAAGAUUCAACAAAAAGAAGCUUGUGGUCGAGAUGAUGAUUCGGCAGGUCCAAUCGGAUCAAAGUGCCGCGCGAGAUCUUGACAAGAAUGCAUUUCUUCGUGAUGUCAAAGAAGAGAUCAGACAUGUCUAUGCUGGUGCAAUCCAGCCUGUCUUUACUGGAUCCAUGACCAUUCGUAUCCAUGAAGCUGAUGGUACUCCAUAUGAGCAUAUUGUCGAGAUCAAAGAAGGGGUCACCAAAUUUGACAUUCCAUAUAACACUAAGUACAAACGACUCAAGCGCAACAAGAAACAGAGAGAGCGUGCCGUUGCAGCAGGCGAUACUGAAGUACAGGAAGAAGUACUUCUCUAUUGCCUGGGUGACGUCUUACAGACAGAUGAGGAGACACAGGCCUGGCGCCUGGCGGACUGGACUAAGGAAGAUGAAGAAAGAAUGGGCCAGGAGUCAUACGAAUGGAUCCGUAUGGAUGCAGAUUUCGAGUGGAUCUGCAGACUGUCCCUUGGCAUGCCUGGAUACAUGUAUUUGUCCCAGCUGCAACAAGAUCGAGACGUGGUCGCUCAACUAGAAUCGCUUCAGUAUAUGGCAGCACAGCGCGAGCAUCCUCUCAUCUCGACCAUUUUCACCCGCACAUUGAUGGAUAGCCGUUAUUUUCACGGCAUUCGUGUUACAGCGGCAAAGGCAUUAAUAAAGCACGCUAAAGACGAAGUAGACUGGAUCGGAUUGUUCCAUCUUGAAAAGGCUUUUCAGGAGCUCUUUUGUAUCCCUGGGUCACCAAUGAUUCGGUCCAACGAUUUUUCAGAUCGGGCUUCCUACAUUUUGCAACAAGUCAUCCCUGAAGCGAUCUCACAAGUUCGUGACAACAGCGGAAAGACUCCCUUGCGCGUGAAGCGGUUUUUGUUCGACAAGCUCAAGUUCAAUGACAACUCCAAUAACGAGUUCUCGGACAACUACUAUGUUGCUUCUUUGAUGCGAUCGCUUUGCCACGCAAUGCUAGGGCGAAAUGAAUCGCGGCCGGAUGAUGAACUUGCUCACUUCGAUAUGGAACGGGUUCUCGAGUCGCAGGCUGAAGAGCAAUUAGAGAAAGACACCAUUGCUGAGUUUGAUCGAUAUAGGAGAAUGGACGAAUGGUCUAGCUCAUUCCAGAACUUAUAUGCACGGGCUGCCUUGCAUUGCCAAAUGCAAUUGAUGCAAGCCAAAAUACAGGAUUUGGAUCUGAUGCGCUUCAUCCCCUACACCCGCUCUGGGACAUAUGAUCUUCUCCGACUGCAGGCAUUCGAGUGCUUAGUUGAUCUUGACAUCUCACAAAACCAUGACCUUUUCCGGUGGCUUAUUUAUUCGAUGACCAGCGAUUCAUCGGCUUACGUUCGUCAUCAUUGUCAACUUCUUUUCGGCCGCGCAUUGGCACAGGUUGCAUUUGGUCGACCGCAGGAGGCAGAGAUGACCCAGGGAGAUGGUCUCAUCAUUGAACAGGAAUCUUCUACUGAAGUCCGCCAGGCAGAUCUGGCUCGCCGACAGACGGUACCUGGUGCCAUUGAAGCACUUAAGAGGGAGAUCUCCGGCGAUACUUCCCUGCGGGACUACAUGUGGGCCGCGUGUAAUUCGUCAGCCAUUGGUGUCCAGGAACUUUCUGAACUGACUGACGUUUGUCGUAUUCUAUUUGACCCUGUCACGUCCAAGAUUGCGAGACUACGAUACCCCCGAUUCUGGAAAGUCCAGAAUAUGGGCCAUGGAAAGAUACGGUUUUACCGAUCUGAGCGGAUCCGAACUAGCCUGAAUCCCAAGGAUAGCUCCAAGCGCAAGCGCGAGGAGCAAGUUAUGGCACCCCCUGCACCUAGAAUUACCUUCAAGCAGUCUAAGACUGGUCCUGCUCCAAGCACACCAUCUGCAUCGGCUCUACCGAAGCUUCACAUCCCAAAUUCCUCCUCUAUCCCCAAUGCCGUUGCUAAAACACCGGCUACUUCUACACCGUCCACUCCUGCAAGUGGAGGUGGCCUCAAACUCAAACUCAAGUUUGGGCAGAAAAAAUAA